GAGUAAACUUUUCCCAAGGAACAUGGGUCUUUUCUCUAUAAUCGUUUGAACUCAAAGCCACUCCCCGUAAACGCGCACCUGACCAAAUUGUCGUGGAAGAAAAUUUUAUAAGGCAGGGCAGGGAAGCAGCGGCACCGUCUCAUCUCCCCUAUAACUCACACUCGUCUCACAGUGAGGAUUAAGCAAGCGCACGGCCAGCCAUUAACACCGCCGUGCUGCGAGCGCGGUGAGGAGCUGGCAGGAUGGGCGGCGUCGGCGGAGCGGCCGGCGGGGACGGCACCAGGGCGCUGGACCAGACGCCGACGUGGGCCGUGGCCGCCGUCUGCGCCGUCAUCAUCGCGGUCUCCAUCCUCCUCGAGGGCCUCCUCCACCACCUCGGCGAGUUGCUCAACAAGAGGCGGAAGAAGGCACUGUUCGACGCUCUGGAGAAGGUUAAAUCAGAGCUGAUGACUCUGGGGUUCAUAUCGCUGCUGCUGACCGUGACGGGGAGGUACAUAUCACGCAUCUGCAUCACGGAGGGAGCCGCGGACACCAUGCUGCCCUGCAGUCUCUCCAGACACUCGGAGACGGAAGAACCGAAGGGUCAUGGUCGGCGGCACCUAUCUGGAGAUCCUACCAACUCUUUUGUGUGCCCCAAAGGCAUGGUGUCUCUUGUUUCAGCCGACGCGCUGCAUCAGCUGCAUAUUUUCGUGUUCUUCUUGGCCGUCUUCCAUGUCACAUUCAGUUUUUUUACAAUGUCCCUGGGUAGAGCAAAGACACGAAUAUGGAAGGAAUGGGAAAAGGAAACUUGCUCCCUCACCUAUGAAUUCGUAUAUGAUCCCUCGAAGUUCAGGCUUACUCAUCAAACAUCUUUUGUGAGGCAAUACGCAAGCUGUUGGAGCAAAAGCACAAUCUUGCUCUAUGCUGUGAGCUUCUUUAGGCAGUUCUUCAGAUCUGUUCGGAGGACAGAUUAUCUCACUUUGCGGCAUGGAUUCAUUGCUGCUCAUUUAUCUCCGGGGACUAGGUUCAAUUUUCGAAAGUACAUCAAGAGGUCAUUGGAGGAUGAUUUCAAGACAGUUGUUGGCAUUAGUUCACCUUUAUGGGCUUCUGCUCUGGCUGUCAUGCUCUUCAAUGUUCAUGGAUGGCAAAACUUGUUCUGGUUCUCUACUAUUCCCCUUGUAGUGAUUCUAGCAGUUGGAACAAAGCUGCAGUCUAUAAUUGCUAUGAUGGCUAUUGAAAUUACAGAGAGGCAUACAGUUAUUCAAGGAAUGCCAGUGGUCAAACUGAGUGAUGAUCAUUUCUGGUUUGGCAAGCCUCGUCUGGUUCUUCAUCUCAUCCAUUUCGCGUCAUUUCAGAAUGCAUUUGAAAUUAUAUAUUUCUUCUGGAUUUGGUACGAAUUUGGGCUGAGGUCCUGCUUCCAUGACAACUUCGAGCUUAUCAUUGCAAGAGUCUGUCUUGGGGCUGUCGUCCAAUUUAUGUGCAGCUAUAUCACACUUCCACUCUAUGCCCUUGUAUCUCAGAUGGGAUCACAAAUGAAGAGAACAAUUUUCGACGAGCAGACGACAAAAGCCCUGAAGAAAUGGCACAAGGCGGUGGUGAAGAAGAAGCAGCACAAGGAGUCGUCACAGGACCCUUCCGAGACCCCGAGCACGGGCACAGCAACUACAACUGACACCAGCCAGCGGCAGCGGCUGCGCGAGGUGCCGGUCCGGCACCUCCACCGGUACAAGACCAUCGCGCACUUCGGGGGCGCCAGGCGGCCGCCAUCCGACUCAGACUACUCGGACACGGACGACGCCGAGGCGCUGUCGUCGUCGCAGACCAGGCACCUGAUACCGCCGGCGAAGCAGCGGAGCCUCGACUCCGGACGUGCAGAGGUGCGUGUGGACGUUGAGGAGGCGGCGGCAGCGCCACGCGACGUCCUGCAAGAUAGCUUAUCGUUCCCGGGGCUGCCUGCUCGUCAUGUACCGGACAAGUGAACAAAGCAACUAAGCUUCUUACUGGUAGUUAGUAGUUAAUAGUUAAUGCUAAUCUAUAUGAGACUGUAGUAAAGCUGCCUGUAAUUGAUGUAUGAAUCGAUGGUCGGGAAUGCGUUUUUCUGCUAAUUUUCAGGGGCUGAUGGUGUGGUUAGCUAGAGCCUAGAGGCUGGUAAGAAUGAUGGAUACUUGGGCACGAAGUGAUUUCAUGGAACAGUAAAGCCAAGUGAAAUCAAUGGAGGCUUCACUUGGAGGUGAAGCAUUGUUGCACGCCUGCACCUUCAGACUGAGCAACGGUAAGCAACCAGCCGAGCUAAAGAAGAAGCUAGGCGCCAACUUUAUCAUGAACUUAUCUUCCUACCACUGAUCAGUGAUCACUGAUGCUAACAUUUCUCAGCAACUAUGGCUGUAUGUAUAUUCGGAUGCAGAGACCGGAAUUUCUAUCCAUUAUCUAAAAACAUUGAACAGCA